ACACGCGGUUAGUCAGCAGUGCGCCUCUCUCUGAGCUGAUUGUCAACGGAAGUGCAGCUGUAGGGACAGUGCGUGCCCAUAACCCACAUACAUGCAUUGGCUAUGAAUUACUAGCACUAUAUGAUUAUGAUACACCUAAAGGCAUGUACGGCAGUGCAAGUACAGUUCAACACGGACCUGUCUACUGUCGGUGUUUGCUACGUGUGUUAGGUUGUAUUGGGCGCUAGCGCUAGCAAGCCGAGGGUUUUCUGGGCCCCUCUACGCCUUCAGGUCAUUUCGUUCAUUACAUGCUCGGCUAACUUGCUGUGCGCACGAUACUCGGGUCUUGCUAGCGAGGCUGUAAACACGAGAUCGGCCCAAAGAAAAAAAAGCCGCAGCCGCUCGUCGUAAGAAGAUUGAGUGCUCGCUGGACAGCUAUCGACUGUACACAACGGUGAAGGAAAUAUCUGAUUUGGUAGCUGCAAUACGUACACUGCGCAUGGAGGCCUUUAUACACACGAGAUUGUGUACAUCGCUCAUAAGCGUAGCGAAUCUACUGUACCCUUCAGAGUUUCAAGUCUCGUUGUGAUAGCUGUUUGUUAUCAUCGAUUACUAUCAGGAGAACAAUUGAUCAAUGUGCACGCUGCUGAAGGUCGUCGACUGCGAUUGAGUGCGAUCGAGGGGAUCAUCGUUAUUUGUCUGUGCUGAGGCAGUGUGUGAGCAUGAGAUAGCUCUAUGAGGCACUGAAUAGCCGUAUGGUGUAACGUGUAAAUACCAUUGGUCACCGCCUAUUGCCAUGCAAAUCAGCUUGUGUCACCGUUAAGUUGUGCUCUCGCCGUGUACCGAGUGGGUCCCCAUUGCAUGCUCGGCCGUGGUCUGUUUGCGGUGAUGAUGAUGGUGAUAUUAAUAAUACACCUUUGUUUGUCAUGGAGACUGGCAGCCGAGCAUCAUACUACUCAUUGGAUAUCUACUCCGGUAUCAGUGUCGAGAAGUAGCGUGCAGAGCUGGCAGUUCUGAUGGGGGAGGUGUCGUCUUAAAGCCCGCUGCGGCGAGUCUUUGCGCUCACUCGAGACCGGGGUCUCGCUGGAUAGGGUUCACUCAUUGGAGAAAAAUAGAAGCAUGUGUGGUGUGUUGUCUGCUGUGUACACACUAAUCUCUUCCAAACCCGUCUACCACCUGCGUGGGUUUAUACGAGUACAUACGUCUGAAGCCGUUCACAAUGUUCAGGGCUCCAUGGGUUAGUGUAUUAUGACGACUUGACCAGCCUCGGUUAAGAAGCUGAAUGAAAACGGGAAUUAUAUGCGGGAUUUGCCGAGGCAGCAUGAAGCUGAAGCAGAGAGCUGUAGCGGUGAUGGUGGGCACUGCCAUCACCACAGCCUUGGUCCUCAUGAUCUUGACAGUGGACCUGAAACCAGUGUCCAUGUUCUACCAGAGCGUGAGGGUACAGUCUGUCCAGGGAGGCCCCGUGGUGGAGGAUGGCCAGCAGGUGCGGGCUGGUGACCACCCCGUGCACCUGCGACGACAGCUUGGUAAGAGCGCCUCUCGCUCGGGAGGCACUGCGGCCAACCUGACGGUGGCCCGGCACACGCAUGAGCUGGACCCCCUAGCCGACUCGGCGGGCCGCCACGAACACAAGGAUACCGCCUACAGAAAGACCAACUCGAGAACUAAUGCCGAGGGGCCGGCACACCCCAGAGACCCACGGACCAGGAGGACUAGACCCAAAGGUUUCCCGGACGAGGGAAACUUCUACAACUCGGACCACAAGUGGCUGAGGACGCAGCCCGAGCAAACUAAGCCCAAUACUGGGAAAUACGAGAAACUUAUGUCGCUGCCUUCUGCUGUGAGUGUGCCCUCCAAAACGGAAAAACUUAUACGACUUAAGAAGCCGAAAGGGAAACACGAAUUUAAAAUAUUGGAGUCUUUUCAACUCGGCAUCAAUCGUUUUGAAGUUUAUUCCAACACCAGCGUGAUUGACGACCUAUUAGAGUACCUCAUGACGCAUCCGAUCUACGAAGUCGACGAAAAAUCCGGAGGUACUCAGGUGAAACUUAUUUUAACGUUUGAAGACGGUGGCCAUGCACUUUUCAAACCAUGGAGAGUUCCGCGGGAGUACGAAACGUUACCAAACCAUUUCUACUUUUCCGAUAUAGAACGACAUAACGCUGAAAUAGCAGCUUUUCACCUUGAUAGAAUUUUAGAUUUUCGGAGAGCGCCCCCUGUCGCAGGUCGGUGGUUCAACUUGACGGCCGACAUCUACGAUUUGGCUGAUUCGGGUCUUCGGAAAACAUUCUUCCGUUCCCCUGCCAACAAUAUAUGUUUCGUGGGUCACUGCUCCUACUACUGCGAGACAGAGACGGCCGUGUGCGGUAAGCCGGACAUGAUCGAGGGGUCGGUGGCCGCCUACCUACCGUCCUUCAAGGCCGCGCCUCGUAAGACAUGGCGUCAUCCUUGGAGACGAUCCUACAGCAAACACAGAACAGCAGUAUGGGAGCAGGACCCGACUUACUGUGAGCGGUCCGUCAUGACGAAGCACCCGUACAAGACGGGCCGGAGACUGCUGGACCUCAUGGACAUGUCGGUCUACGACUUUCUCAUAGGUAACAUGGAUCGACAUCACUACGAGACAUUUGAGGCCUUUGGAAAUUUCACUUUCCCGAUUCACUUAGAUCACGGAAGAGCGUUUGGGAAGCAUCACCAGGAUGAGUUGUCCAUUCUUGCACCGCUCUUCCAAUGUUGCCUUUUACGUGAGUCGACGUACAAACGGCUCCAACUUCUCGCCACCGAAGAGUACCUUCUGAGUGACGUCAUGCGGGAGUCCCUCUCACGUGACAUGAUCUUCCCCGUCCUAUUGGAGGCCCAUCUGGAGGCUCUGGACCGGCGCCUUCAGACCAUCUUGGCCCAGGUCCGCCGCUGCAUCAGUCGCAAGUCCGAGAAGGCCGUACUCAAGCCGGAGCCCCGCAUGGAGGACUACAAAGAACCCGAGCCCUCGGCCAAGACUGGGGAAACAUAUGAGGAAGAGGAGUACUGAUAAAAUGAUGCUCAAAACCUCUAAAAAACACCCUGACUUGUAGCAUGAGAAUCACAGUUUUCACGCGUGAUUUACAAACGGAUCAGAAAGUUUGUGCCUGUGUGUGAAUUGGGGAUUUGUUAUGCUUUGACGCGAUGACAACAUUUUAAAAACAUGUGAGCGGUCGGUUGAGGGCGCUAUAUACGCCUAUCAAUAAGUACCGUGUUGGAGGCGGCAAUUCGCUGGUUCCCGUGUUGACAUCGGGCCUGUUAUAGCCGUGCAAGAAUUGAAGGGUGUCAGUUUAAGGCGACAGAGAUUAUAAAAACACACCCGAAUGGGAUGAAAUAUAUUUUUUUGGUUUCAACGGAAUGUGGUGGUGUCCUUUGGGAAUGGGUUUUGUUUUUCGAAUUCUUAAAUGGGACUCCGUAGAAAAAGUUAAUUGGACAAGCCCUACAAGCGAAACGAAGUAGGGACCAGCUCCUAAUUAUUUCGACUAUGUUUACCACUAAAUAAUUUGGACGCUACUAGAAGAAGGUCGGAUACUCGACAUUUUAAUCACACGCUCUUUGUUUUUGUUUUCAUAUUUAAUUUCAAGCCAAAGAUGCUUUGAUGUGCUGCGAGGUUAUUUUCAAGGAGCACUUAAAAAUAGCCUCAUUAGUAAGGAAUAAAUGAUGGGCAGCUUUUAAGUAUGUUCCACAUAUUUUUCCAAUUUCAUUUUUGAGGCGGAAUUGCUGUGUUGGUAUUCUACAAGCCAGCAUUGGUUGGACCUUCUUUGACAUUGAGGGCGUUUAAUACUUCUAGAGAGAGAGGUCAUUGCAGUCCGUGCUAUGAUUUAAAAUCUGCGUUGACCACGCCCUAUGCUCGCGUUAACAUACAUUUUCCCUCCAAAUUAUUACGUACAUGUUUCAAUAAGAGACUUGCCCCCUUUAUAUAUUCCACAGUCGUUUACUAAAAAGUUUGAAUAGCUAAAGAACCUUUUCAGGUUGUUAAAGAAACUGAAGCUCCUUAUUUUGGGCCUAACUGGUAAUAUUAGCGGUACGAUGGAAUUUUUGAUUUGACAUUUAUUUGUGUCCUAUACUUUUUAAAUCAAACUCUGAGAGACGCGAAACCAACAUUCCAUUGUCCAAUUUAAAAAAAAGUUUUCUUACAUUACAAAGACAAAAAAUAUAUGACUUACCAAAAGGACGUGGUUGAGAAUAGUCAGUUUCCUUAGAUGCUUGUUUUCCAAUUUGGUGGAAAAUUACACCCACGACAAGCAUAUUUCGCUAAUUUCGCAAUCGAUAGAUCCUUUUAAAAAAGGUGAUUGUUUUUAAUGAAAAUAGUAAAUUGAGGGGAAGAUAUUAUCCUUUGCUUUAUAUUUUUCCCGAAAUAUAUAUUUUGUUGAGGAGAUAGCUUUCGUAUAUACUUGCACAGUUGUGCAACCAAUUUUGAUGGCACACAACGUGUUGCUAACAAAGGAGCUGACACGAUAUUGUUGUCAGAUUAUGAAACAAAUGUUCACAUGAUAAUUUUAUUUCUGUAAAAUCAUUGGAAUUAGUAAUUACAUAAUAUAACUCAAUCAGUUUACAUUCAUUAACAUGAUUGAAUCUGUAACUCCGUUGGCUUGUGUACAUUUUGCUCAAAAUAGGCUUAAGAUUUUUUAAAAAGAUAAUUUUGAACAUAUUGAUUUUAAAGCUCAACGAGCAAAGAAAUAAGUUCGAAAAAGUGCAGAGCGAUAAAAGUGUUCCCAGUAUGUUGCAAAUAAAAACACGGCAAAAGAAGUUAAGAAGUCCAAGUUGACAAUUUCCAGAAGUAAAGGAAAUAUGACAAUACAUAUUUUGUGUCAUCAUUUUAAAAGUUUCUUAAGGACUAAAUCUUCACUUGCAGUCGCUGAAGUGUAUCAAUUUAAAACGAUCGUCAAAAACGGGGCCAUAGUAGACUCAUUAUUUUGAACUCGAUGAAAAAAGGAAAGUUCAUUUCAAAGAUUGGUAAAGAACAUAAGGAGAACAAAAUGUUUUAAAAAAAUGGUGUUCCCGCAACUUUCCCUUAAGAGCCGAGUAUUGUCGGGACUGAAGAUUAUUUAUGUUUAUUUGCAUUACUUUGGAAUGGUUGUGGGCUAAGUUAUUUACUUAUAUUCGAUUUGCAUACCAGUAAAUAUUAUUUUGCUAAGAUAAAAUGUUAUGUUUUCUCAAAUUCCUAAGAAUCUGGCGAAAUGUCAGCAUUUUUCAUUCCCCUUGUUUUUGACUCCUUGUGCUGGGAUUAAAAUCAUUCGUAUGUUGUAUUUUUUUGCGAGAAUUUAAUAGUUGUAAGUUCAACUCUUUAAUUUAAACUAAACAUGAUGUUGUGCUUUUAAGUUAAAUUACAAGACUCGUAAUUUAUCGAUUUCAAAUUUACGCGAUGCCCAGUUCAAAGCAUCGCCGCCCGUGCCUUUACACUAUUGUAAAUGUUACAGUUAAUUUCGUCAACUCUUAUUUUGAUUUAUAGUGUUAAACCAUAGACAAGUAUUUUAUUAAUUUCUCUUUUGUGGCUUUAUUAUUAUUUUAUUAUUCAUUUUUAUUUGGUUUACUCACAACUAGUCUGUACUCCGUAGCUUUAUUUCUUAAUGUGCAAUUGAUGGAUAUGGUUUUGAACAACUUUUUUUUUUACUCUUCUGUUUUGGUAAAUUGGUUCAAUUAACAUUGACAAUUGCUCUGUACAUGAAAAAAAAUGCUUUAUUUUAAAGGAUAUGUUUGAGAAUAUAUUGAUAUUAAAGUGCAUCGACUUUAUAUAAAAAGCCAGGUUGAAGUGAAUUGUUUCAGUGAU